AUGCAGUUGCGCCCCCACCUUUUGGCGGCGACAUGCCUCCUCGUGGGUAUUAACGCCUCACCACUAGCACCCGUAGCUAGCAACGCAGCCGACCCGACAGUCACCAUUGACGCGGGCGUUGUGAUAGGAGUCGCAACGGCCGUCACGUCGGCGGCCAAAUCUUCUGCGACUGUGUACAAUUAUUUGGGUAUUCCCUUCGCCGCACCGCCGACGGGGACUCGGCGCUUUGCGCCUCCGGCGGCGGCUACACCCUGGAGUAAGCCGUUGGAGGUCAAGUCUCUUCGUCCUGCGUGCAUGCAGCAGUUUCCCUACCCCAAGGCGGCGUCCGAGUUAACAAUGAAGUUGUUUAAUAACCCCGGAGGGCCGCCGCCUCCAGAGAGCGAGGAUUGCCUGCACUUGAAUGUAUAUGCGCCGACAGAUGCGUCGCCAUUGAACAAAAAGGCCGUUCUCUUUUGGAUCUAUGGUGGCAAUCUCCAAUUCGGCUCGGCGUAUCCGCUCUUCUACAAUGGAUCAUCUUUUGCAGGGUUCCAGGACACGGUAGUUGUCACCUUCAACUAUAGAACCAACAUCUUUGGGUUCCCAGGCUCACCUGAGAUACCCCCCGACGAGCAGAACAGCGGCCUACUCGACCAGCGCUUCGCCCUCCAGUGGGUACAAAAUAACAUCGCCGGCUUCGGCGGCGAUCCAGCCCGCGUAACCAUCGUUGGCGAGUCAGCCGGCGGCGAGUCAGUCAAGCAGAUCCUGGCGCAGCCGCCCUCGCCACUGCCCUUCCACGCGGCCAUAAUGGAGUCCGAGGGGACCGUAAUCUCCGGGUCGGCUGCCGCCAGCUGGGCUCAGACGCUCAAGAAGUUUGGAUGCACCGACAUUGCCUGCCUCCGGGGUGUCCCUGCCAAGGAUAUCAAGAAGUACAUCACCGAGCAGAGCGUAGGCUUCCCGCCCGUGGAGAACAGCGUCAGCUGGUCCACAGAUGUACGGCCUAACAUCCGGAGCAAGCAGUUCGCCCAGGUGCCGUUCUUCAUGGGCACCAACGCCAACGAGGGCCACGUGUUCGCCGCAGUGGCGGGCAUCGAUAACACCACCAGCAUCGAAGACUUCCUGGAUAACACAUUUCCUCAAUUCCCCACUGCCGUUAAGGCCGUGGGCACCUUCUACUCGCUACUCGCCCACGACGUGUACCUGUUUGCGUCGGCGGUCAUCACCGACUUCCUCUUUACCUGCACUACGUCUGCGCUGUCCCAGUAUGCAAGGGCCCAUGGCUAUGACGUCUGGCGCUACCACUACAGCGCUGUGUUCCCGAACCUCAACACCUUUCCCGACGCCGGGGCCUACCAUACGUCUGAGAUCCCGCAGGUCUGGGGCACGUAUAUGAUGUCCAACCAACUUGGCGAUGCCACGCCAACACAAGAGGCUUUGAGCAUGUACAUGCAGACAGCAUGGGCUGGCUUUGCCAAGGACCCGUCUGCUGGAUAA